AUGCCAAUUUUUGAUUUAGGACUUUCUGCUGCUAAACUGCUCAAAGAGUCAGGAAUUAAUGUGCUGCUAUUGGAAGCUCAAAACAGAGUUGGUGGACGAACACACACUAUACGAAACAAGGAAGUUCAAUAUGUGGAUGUUGGAGGUGCAUACGUGGGACCAACUCAGAAUCGAUUAUUACGAAUGGCUAAAGAACUGGGUGUGCAGACAUAUAAGGUGUAUUUAAAUGGCCACCUUAUACAACGGCAAAGGGGUAAAUCAUACAAAUUUAAUGGAGCUUUCCCACCUGCAUACAACCCUUUGGUAUAUUUGGAUUAUAACAAUUUUAUGAGAACUAUGGAUCAGUGGGGAAGUCAGAUUCCUGCUGAUUCUCCAUGGAAAGCACCACAUGCCAAAGAGUGGGAUAACAUGUCAAUGAGAGAAUUUAUAGAAAAAGUGUGCUGGACAAGUCAAGGCAGGAAGUUUGCAGAGCUCUUUGUAAAUUUGGUUGUGACAGCCGAGACUCAACAAGUUUCCACACUUUGGUUUCUAUGGUAUGUAAACAUCUGUGGAGGAACAGCAAGAAUUUUUUCAACAGACAAUGGAGGACAGGAGAGAAAGUUUGUUGGAGGCUCUGGACAGAUAAGCGAGAGGAUAAUGGCUCUCCUUCAGGAUCGAGUGAAAUUGGAGAGACCAGUGAUUAGGCUUGAUCAGUCGGGGGAAAAUGUAAUUGUGGAAACCUUAAACCAUGAAAUCUAUCAGAGUAAAUUCGUCAUUAGCGCUAUACCGCCAGUGUUGAGUACAAAGAUUCAUUUCACUCCAGAGCUGCCUCCAAUCAGAAACCAGUUAAUACACCGUCUUCCAAUGGGAUCUGUUAUCAAAUGUAUGGUUUAUUAUAAGGAAGCCUUCUGGAGGAAAAUGGGGUUAUGUGGAUGUAUGAUGAUUGAAGAAGAAGAAACACCAAUUGGAUUCACCUUGGAUGACACCAAACCUGAUGGUUCUGCACCAGCCAUCAUAGGGUAA